AUGAGGCUGGUUACAUGGAAUGUGAGGGGUUUUAAUAAGCUUUAUAAGCAAAGGGAGAUGGUAAAGUUUGUUAGGGAGAAUAAUGUACACAUAAUAGCAAUAAUUGAGCAUAGAGUUAAUAGAAAAUUUGCAGCAAAAAUAGUGAAGAAAGUUUUUCCAGGGUGGACAUGGGCUGAUAACUAUAAUAGCAAUGACCAAGGCAGAAUCUGGAUGUUGUGGUACCUUGCUAGAGUCUCAGUAACAAUAAUUCAGUCUCAAGACCAAUUCAUACCUAGCUUGGUAACUGUUGGAACCAUUCAGUUCUUAUUUACAGCAAUAUAUGGUUUUCACACUGCUGCUACAAGGAAAUCAUUAUGGGUGGAGUUAAAAAAGAUACAUGCGGGUGCCCAAGCCCACUGGGUUCUCAUGGAAGACUACAAUGCCAUAACUGAGGUUGAUGACAGGGUGAAUGGUACAGAAGUCCAAGAAAGUGAACUACAUCUAACUAAUGUGAGUGCCAUGGAACCUCUGUUCUCAGAUCAUUCCCCUCUUAGCCUGUCCAUAGUCGAGCAAAGAAUGGUUCAUCAUAAACCUUUCAAGUUCUACAACUACAUGGCUGAUCAUGAAGGUUUUAUAGAGGCUGUAAGAGGGAUAGAAGAGAAAAUCGAUGCUUCAAGGAAAAAGCUCACUGAUAUUCAGUUGCUUAUAGCUGAUGGACAACACGAGCACCUCGUGCCUGAGGAUAAGCUAGCAAGAGCUGAAUUUGAGAAAUGGACAAACAUUGAGGAGAGUAUCUGGAGGUGGUUGUACACUGAGCAGGAAAUAGAAAAGGAAAUAUGUGCUUUCUAUGGUAGUCUGUUGGGUUCUAAAGCAAGCUCUUUGCCAGCAAUUGAUCCAGGAGUUAUGAAAAUGGGAAAUGUCCUGGAUAGAGCAGAUCAAAUGAAACUUAUUAGUCGUAUAACUGCUGAUGAGGUUUCGAAGUCUUGGGAGAUCACUGGUAAGGAUAUCACUGCUGCUGUUUUACUAUUUUUCCAAAACCAUGUCCUACCUACUAAAAUAAACUACACUAGUGUCACAUUAAUUCCAAAAGUCAAGAACCCAGUGUCAGUUAAAGAGUAUAGGCCCAUUUCUUGUUGUACUGUCAUAUACAAGCUUAUCUCUAAGAUUCUCACUAGAAGAUUACAGUGUGUCAUGGCAAAACUGGUGGAAAAUAAUCAGACUGCAUUUGUUCCUGGGCGGCUAAUCAGUGAUAAUAUUAUAUUAAGCCAUGAAUUGGUCAAAGGUUAUGGUAGGAAGAACAUCUCACCAAGGUGUAUGUUAAAGAUCGACAUGAAAAAAGCAUACGAUUCUGUGGAAUGGCCCUUUCUAGAGCAAAUUCUCAUCAGCCUGAACUUCCCUGAUCAGUUUGUCAAAUGGAUUAUGGUAUGUGUUUCUACUGUCAACUAUGCUAUUGUAAUUAAUGGGAAGCUAUCACAGACCUUCCCUGUAAAAAAAGGGUUAAGGCAAGGGGAUCAUUUGUCCCCUUUCCUUUUUGUGCUAUGUAUGGAGUAUCUAAAUAGAGUAUUGAAGCCUCUGGAUGAUCUACUCCUGUUUUGUAGGGGUGAUGAAUUGUCCAUUUAUAAAGUGUACGAGUGUUUCCUAAAGUUUUCAGCAGCAUCUGUGCUAAUAGCAAACACUAGCAAAAGUUCAAUCUAUUUUGGAGGGGUAGACAUGAUAACUCAGCAAACUGUCCUGGAUAAACUACAGUUCAGUAAAGGGAGUCUUCCUUUUCGAUAUUUGAGGGUGCCCCUAAGCACUAAAAGGUUAUCUGUUAUGCAAUGUAUGCCCUUGAUUGAUAAGAUAAUGGGAAGAGUCACUCACUGGACUUCAAAACUGCUAACAUAUGCUGGCAGAUUGCAGCUUAUUAAAACUAUAGGAGAUACAGUUGCCUCAAAGAAGGCUUUGAUAGCAUGGGAGAAAUUAUGCUUACCCAAAGUAGCGGGUGGACUUUAUAUACUACAUGCACAGACCUGGAAUAAGGCUGCUGUCUGUAAGCUACUCUGGAAUUUGUGCAGAAAGGCAGACAAACUAUGGGUAAAGUGGGUACAUACAUACUAUAUCAAGAAUCAAAGUGUGUGGAACUAUUUUCCACAACAGGCCUCAUGGAUGUUAAAAAAGAUCUUUAAAGCAACUAAGACUUUGGAGUUAGCAGGAAUUGACAAUGAAGAAUUUACGGCUGCUCCCACCUUCUCCAUUAAGCAAGUAUACCUCAAGCUUAGAGGAUGCCACCAGAAGGUAAGUUGGAGAAAGCUUAUUUGCAACAAUCAUGGCUCCCCAAAGUGGGUAUUCAUACUCUACCUAGCACUUAAUAGAAGGCUUUACACCCGAGAUAGACUAAAGAAAUGGGGCAUAACAAAUCAGGUUGCUUGCCCGCUAUGUGGAACUGAACCGGAGACGAUAGACCACCUGUUCUUUCAAUGCUCCUUCUCUGCAGCAGUUUGGGAGAAGCUACUGAUGUGGCAAGGGUACCAACGAAAAGCAAUGGAGUGGACAAACGAGGUGCUAUGGAUGUGCGCACAGGUAAAUGGAAAAGCUGCUCAAUCUCAAGUAUGUAGAAUGGUGGCUGCUGGUAGUGUCUACAUCCUAUGGCAAGAAAGAAACAACCGAGUUUUUCAGCAGAGGACACCAGAGACAUUAAUUAGGAUGAUAGUGCAAGAGGUGAUGGUUCGAGGAAGCUUGCAACCACGGUUAGCGUACAGAAUGGUCCAACUGGACUACUAUCCCAUAUAG